AUGUCAAAUGGAGGAAAUGCUGGGAAAAAAUCCUCUUCUUAUUUCCACUUCACAGCAGGAUUAGGAUCAGGAAUUCUAUCUGCGGUUCUCCUCCAACCCGCCGAUCUCCUCAAAACCCGCUUGCAACAAAGUAACCAUGCUUCCCUAUUGACUACCAUCCGCGAGCUCUCCCAAUCUCCAAAUACCAUUCGAUCUUUUUGGCGAGGAACUGUUCCCUCUGCUCUUCGCACAGGUUUUGGUUCUGCGAUCUAUUUCACUAGUUUGAAUGCUCUACGGCAGAAUGUGGCACGCUCGAAUCUUUUGAGGACGAUAGGUGUUGUGGAUGCGAAAAAUGGUCCGGUGCAUUCAAGUUCAUUGCCUAAGUUAUCGAAUCUAGCGAAUUUGACAACGGGGGCCGUGGCGAGAGCUGGAGCGGGUUUCGUACUCAUGCCUAUGACUAUUAUUAAAGUACGAUAUGAAUCGAAUUUAUACGCUUAUAAAUCGAUCAUGGGCGCUGGAAGAGAUAUAUUCCUCACCGAGGGAUUCCGGGGAUUUUUCUCUGGUUUUGGUGCUACGGCUAUUAGGGAUGCUCCUUAUGCAGGAUUAUACGUGCUCUUUUACGAACAGUUAAAGAAACGUUUAAGUCAUAUUGUACAUUCGGUACCGCAAGCUGAGGAGUUGGUUGAAAAUCUGGGUGUGAGGAAAAAUAUGAAGGGGAGUACGAGUGCAUCUAUCAAUUUUGGAUCGGGGGUAUUAGCAGCGGGUUUGGCUACUGCGAUAACAAAUCCGUUUGAUGCGAUUAAAACGAGGAUUCAGUUGCAGCCGAAGAAAUAUACGAAUUUGGUUAUGGCGGGGAGGAAGAUGGUAGGGGAGGAGGGAGUGAAGAGUCUUUUUGAUGGGUUGGGUUUGAGGAUGGGGAGGAAGGCUGUUAGUUCUGCAUUGGCUUGGACGAUUUAUGAAGAGCUUAUUAGGAGGGCUGAGUUGGCUUGGAAGGGAGAGGAAGUGAUUGUUUGA